GGAUGCCAGUUGUUGGUACAUGGCACCAGCCACCUCUAUAAUCUGCUUUCAAACAAACCGCUAAAACGCCUAGCAUAAGCACUUAGCAGGCAUUACCCCAUUAGAGACACAAAAAAGUCAAAACGGUAAAAAUGGCAGAUGAAAGAGAGAAGAUGAAGUUCAUAGAAAAUUGGGUAAUCAAACAUGAUUCAGUUUACACUGCAGCAACUCGACACCCUUUUAUUCACUCUAUCCGAGAUGGUUCUGUUGAUUUAUCCUCUUUCAAAACUUGGCUGGGUCAGGAUUACUUAUUCGUCAGGAGAUUUAUUCCUUUUGUCGCUAGCGUGCUUUUGAAAGCUUGUAAGGAGUCAGAUGAUGAAUCAGAUAUGGAAGUUAUUUUGGCUGGUUUGGCUUCUCUGAAUGAUGAAAUCCACUGGUUCAAGAAAGAAGCUGCAAAAUGGGAUGUACAGCUCAAUGCCGUCACUCCUCAAAAGACAAACCAGAACUACUGCAGGUUUCUAGAAAGCCUGAUGCAACCAGAAGUCAAUUACACAGUGGCAAUCACGGCCUUUUGGGCAAUUGAGGCUGUUUAUCAGCUCAGCUUUGCCCACUGCCUUGAAGAUGAUGCCAAAACUCCUCCAGAACUGCGAGCAGCUUGUGAGAGAUGGGGUAAUGAAGGAUUUGGCAAGUAUUGUGACUCCCUCCGGAUAAUUGCUAACCGAUGUUUAUCGAAAGCAUUGGAGGAUGUACAAGUGAAAGCUGAGCUGACGCUUUUGCAAGUUUUUGAGCUAGAAGUUGAGUUUUGGAACAUGAGUGAAGGACGAAACAAUUAGGAGAAAAAAUUAUCUUGUUUUUGUAUGUUUGAGAUUGUUGUAGACUUGUAGUAAAAAACUGACUUUACUUAGAUUUACUAAGUUGUUCAAGUUGGAAGAAAGGUUUGUUUUUCAUCUGA